AUGGGUAUUGCAGGUAGCAGCCAUCACACAGACCACCACCUGUACUUCAACUAUAACUACGGCCAGUUCUUCACCUUAUGGGAUCGCGUUGGCGGGUCGCACAGAAACCCCACACUCACAAAGACGAAGCUCAUGGACAAGGACCUGAAUGUCAAGGACACUCCAGUUGCGGAACAGGAUGAGCUUAAGAGCGUGUUCAAGGACGACGCAAACUUCCUCGCAGCUUGUUCACCACAGGACCUGAAUGUCAAGGACACUCCAGUUGCGGAACAGGACGUGUUCAAGGACGACGCACACCUCCUCUCAGAUGCCGCCGCUCAUAAAAAAGAAGAAUAAAUUGUCCUGGCAGAGAGAUGCAGGGCCUCGAAUAUCCUGGAGUUGAAUUUAGUUACAUAUAUAUGAUAUAGACCCACCGUGCUGGUAGUAGCAGGUGCUAGUUCCCUGUCGAUGCAAGCAAAUAAAUGCCUCAUUGGCAACUUUUUCUGUG